CCAUUUUAUUUGCACAUCUCGUGUGUCCGCACCUUUACCUAUUUCAGUAUUCCAUCCUAUUGGAAAGUAGUGAGAGUGGUUGCAGAACGCGCUGCACGCGACCACACCGCUUCCGCGUAACGUUCGGAACGGACGUUCGAAAAUCGAAUGUUCAGUUACAUUUGAAAUUCCAAAUUUGAAAAAUGAGGGUCAAACCGAACUUGACCUUUUCGAAGCUGGAUAAGGAGACGGGGGAGCUUCUGGACAGAAUGUUCGAGAAAAAGGAUUGCAUGGUGGAGAUUAAUCCGGGAAGGGUGAUUCUGCCGGCGGAUUAUAUGACGAUUGGGCAGGAUAUUUUGGAUAUGGAGGUGCUGGAAAACGAUGUUUGGAUGUGCUCGUAUCCUCGAACUGGCUCCACUUGGUGCCAAGAAAUGGUUUGGCUUAUAGGACAUGACCUGGAUUACGAUGGCGCCAAAUCUUUGCAACAGAUUCGCUGCCCGCUGGUAGAGCUAUCAUGCAUCAUGGUGGCUGGACAUUCGGAAUGGCAUGACGAGUCUGUAAAGGGCACAUCGGUGGACCUAGUGAAGUACCGGCUAGCGAGACCGCGGUACAUCCGCAGCCAUCUGCCUUGGGACUUGCUGCCAGUGGACAUUCAGCGAGAGGACGGACAGGCUAAAGCCAAGGUGAUCUACACAUCACGCAACCCUAAGGACAUGGUAGUAUCCUACUACCACUACUGCACGUUGGUACACGGCUUAAAGGGGACCUUUGAGGAGUUCUGCGAUCUUUUCAUGCGCGACCGCGCGCCCUUUGGACCCGUGUGGAACCACAUUCUUGGGUUCUGGACCCGCCGAAACGACCCCAAUGUCCUUUUCAUCAAGUUUGAAGAGAUGAAGCGCGACCUACCCUCCGUUGUCAGAAGGACUGCUGACUUCCUUGGGAAGACCAUGACCAAUGACCAGGUAGAUAAACUCUGCGACCACCUCUCCUUCAAGAACAUGAAGAGCAACCGCGCGGUCAACCUCGAGCCAAUCCUCCAGAAAUCCUUCGGCAAGAGCUACUUGGAGGGAACCAAGCUGAGGUUCAUCAGGAAAGGGGAGAUUGGGGACUGGAAGAACUACAUGUCUGAUGAUCUUUCGAGGAGGUUCGACCAGUGGGCAGAGCAGCAUUUGGAGGGGACUGGCCUGAAGUUUGAAUAAUUUUA